AUGCUAAAAGCAAAGGCUGGAAAGUCAGCGUCUCUUCCACCAGCCAUUUGUAAGACUGACAUCAUUUCAGUAGGCUCAAAUGAAAGCGAGAUUGUCUCUGACACUCGAAAGAGAUCGCAUACAUGGCAUGGAAUAGAGGAAAUAACUGAUAAUCUAUCAAAUAAUACUCCAGUAUUGACACUACCACAUUCAGCUUCAAGGAGGCGAUCUGGAAGAGACCACCAGGACAAAUGGGAAACUAGAAUAAAAAUCAUUGUAGAGCAGGAGUUGUCAGAGAGACUAAAGAAUGUUGAUUACGAUCAUGUGGAUUGCAAAGAGCUCUGCACAAACCUGAACAAAUCUGUUCACGAUAAGCUUAAAAGCGUCACCGAUAUGGCAUUCAAAAUCAUAGUACUCAGCUUUAUUGGUGAACUUCAAGGAGAUGGAAUCGAGGCUGCCACCCAAUGCACUUGGGAACCGCAAAAGGAUACCAUGGUUACUGCGUAUUUCAAAAACGAGACUUUGUUUGCUUUAACCAAUAUAUUCAUGACACGUGUGCCAGAGACAACUGUAUAG